AUGGAGGACACCGCUGACAGUAAUCCCCAAUCUCUCGGAUUUACAGAGAAAUUAAAGUCUUGGCUUUCUUGGUCAUGGACUUACGUAUGCUUCAUUUGGUUCGGCAUGGUGCUGAUCAUGAUAUACGUCUUGUGGAGCCCGCUGAAACUGCAGGAAACUCUUUCCUCAGCCUCAGUGUUUUUGAACACGCUGACACCCAAGUUCUAUGUGGCUCUCACUGGAACCUCCUCUCUCAUCUCUGGACUCAUCCUUAUAUUUGAGUGGUGGUAUUUUCGUAAAUAUGGGACCUCGUUCAUUGAACAAGUGUCAGUGAGCCACCUGCGUCCUCUUCUGGGUGGAGUGGAGAGCAGCUCCACGACUGGUCUAUUCGCAUCAGUUAAUGGAGAGGCAGAGCCUAGGCCCAGCGUUUCAGAGUGUAAGGUCUGGAGGAAUCCUUUAAAUCUGUUCAGAGGAGCAGAAUACAACAGGUACACGUGGGUAACGGGAAAGGAACCCUUAACAUACUAUGAUAUGAACCUGUCUGCUCAAGACCACCAGACCUUUUUCACAGGAGACACUCCUCAGUUAAGGCCAGAGGAUGCUGUGAUGCAGAAAGCCUGGAGAGAGAGAAAUCCUCAAGCCAGGAUCAGAGCAGCUUACCAGGCCAUAGAAAUGAACCAUGAAUGUGCUGCAGCCUACGUGCUUCUGGCAGAGGAAGAAGCCACAACUAUCACAGAAGCAGAACGCCUCUUCAAAAAAGCAUUGAGUAUCGCUGGAAAAGAUAUCAACUUACUGGUGUACAUUAAACGCAGACUGGCAAUGUGUGCACGUAAACUGGGACGGAUAAAAGAAGCAGUAAAAAUGAUGAGAGAUUUAAUGAAGGAGUUUCCACUACUGGGAAUGUUAAAUAUACACGAAAACCUAUUGGAGGCACUUCUAGAGCUUCAGGCAUAUGCAGAUGUCCAAGCAGUCCUUGCCAAAUAUGAUGACAUCAGCUUGCCAAAAUCAGCCACUAUAUGCUACACGUCUGCACUCUUGAAAGCACGGGCUGUAUCAGAUAAGUUCUCUCCAGAGGCCGCGUCAAGGCGAGGGCUAAGCACAGCAGAGAUGAAUGCUGUGGAGGCCAUACACAGAGCUGUUGAGUUCAAUCCACACGUGCCAAAGUACUUAUUGGAGAUGAAGAGCCUGAUCCUGCCUCCAGAGCACAUCUUGAAGAGGGGUGACAGCGAGGCAGUGGCAUAUGCUUUCUUCCACCUGCAGCACUGGAAGAGGGCAGAGGGAGCCUUAAACCUACUACACUGUACCUGGGAGGGCACCUUCCGGAUAAUUCCCUACCCACUGGAAAAGGGUCACCUGUUUUACCCUUACCCAGGAUGCACAGAAACAGCAGAUAGGGAACUACUUCCCUCAUUCCACGAGGUGUCUGUGUACCCAAAGAAAGAGCUUCCCUUCUUCAUCCUCUUCACAGCAGGCCUUUGCUCCUUCACUGCCAUGCUGGCCAUGCUCACACAUCAGUUCCCUGAGCUCAUGGGUGUCUUUGCCAAAGCAUUCUUCAGCACACUAUUUGCACCCCUGGGUUUCUUCGCAGACAAGAUGGAAAACUUCAUGCCGUCCAGUUUUUGGCACCAGCUGACUCGAAUCUGACCCCAUCCCACACAAGACGCACGCACAUACACACACACACCGAUUCCACUCCAAACCCUCAGACAAAAAGUGUUUGCUCUCCUGUCUUCAGCAUUACUGUCCACUUGCUGCAUUGUUACUGAUUAUGUUGGCUGAGGUUGUAUCAACACGGCAAUACCACUCUGAAGAUUCUCUCCCACACUGUUCCAGCGGCCGAAGUUUUUCCAAGACCACAUUUGCAACAAUUUCACAGCGUCAUUCAUUAGUCAUUAUGUAAGCACUGGGCAAUUUGAAGUAUCCCACAAUGCCUGGCUGGGAUUAUUAUUAUUAUUUUUUUGUAUAAAAAUAAAAAUGAGGAUUUUUUCAGAAGCACUCCUCUGUUCUAUCACAGUAAUAAAUUAAAUCAUGAAAAAAGCUAAACGUUUUUGAUGCUCCUGUGACUACUGUCUAUUCAGACGAGUUUGUUUUAACUUGGACAUGAAAUAUGUCUUUGGUAGAAUAUAUUUACCAAUAUGAUCAUAUCCCUCUCUUUUCCCUGCUCAGUUAUUUAUGUGUAUCAAAAAGAUCCCAUUGGGUAUUUGGGAUGGGAACCUACAUGUCCUAUAUCAAUCCUCUGUGCCCCGCAGACAUCCAGUGGGGCAGAUUUAAAAGUCUGUAAGGCCUCCUAAAAAACAGAGCUGUGAUUUACAGCCUCGAAGUGCCUGCAGUGUAUACAACGCCUAUGCAGUUCAACAGUUGUUACCAUGGCACGACACCUCAGCACUAAAUCACUGGGGAAACCGCGGCCCCCCCGCAACAUCGAAAUGUUAAUGGGAUCAUCACUGGUCACAGUUGGCAUAAGUCAUUUCUGCUGAUUGCAGCACAGAAUGUUAUAAGUCACUGUGUCAACUUCUCAUGUCACAAAAACAAAAAAGAGGCACCCAUUGCUGGAGUCAUACUGAGAAUCAACACAGGCACAGGCAAUGUAACUGUAACUGUAAUAGACUGUAUUAGAGUACUUGGAUGAGCGACAUCAACCUUGAUGAGCACUCAGAGAAGCAUUUGGAGAUACUGGGGCAAAAUUGCUUCUUACUUUGACUGCACAGGCAAAGUAAGAAUCAUUUUACUUUGUAUAUGCAAAGUCUUUUGCUCUGUCUUUGACUGUCAUUUGGCCAGAAAUGUGUUGAUUCUAUUGUAACUGGACUUUUUUUUCCCUUUGUGAAAGAUUUACUCAUCUUUGUUUUAUCAAACUAAAUAGGCUGCCGGUAUCACAUUGUCUUGAAGUAUAAUGUGGCUGAUAAUGUAAUAACCUGUCGGAAAACAAAUGUGCCCUGGUUCAAAAUUGUAAUGAAGCCUGUAGACAUAAUAUAUUCCUAAUAUCUGUGGAAAAUAUAACAAUUGAAGGUUAUAAGAAAAAAAAAUUUAACAGUUAAAGAUGUUACAUCAUGUAGUUGUGGAUGAUGAUAAUAUCAUCCCAACUUUUUAUUAAAGUAACAGGUUUAUUACAUUUUAAACCACUCAAGGUGUUAACUAUAAUUUGUCAAGUUAUGUUAUGUGAUAGUUACUGCAUUAUUGGCGCCUACAAAAAUGUAGGUUUCAUGCUCAGGAUUUUAAGUGACAUUAUACAACAACAACAACAAAAGAAAUGUGAUAACAAAGUGCCUUUUAGUACAUCACAAUAAUUAAACACCAAUUUGGCAUUUACUGCUUCAACAAUAUUGAUAUCAAGUAGUUUAUUAGUAACUGUUCCAUUUUUAUGGAUUCAAUUUGAUUAAUUGAUGUCUUAAAAAAUAUAAUAAUUGAAACAUAAUUGUUGAUUGUCCAACAUUAGCUUUACUCCAUAUAGCACCCACCAACAAAUACACAUACUUGUGAAAAAGUAGAAGAGCAAGCUGGUUAUGAUGUAAUGUGUUUUAUUACAGUAUGUUGCAGAUUUUUGAUUACAUUUUAAAUAACCCUGAUCUACUCUAAACUACAAAGAUACUGUUUCACAUUUCACUCUGGACUGUAAUAUUUGUGUGUUUAAAUCUGUGACACUUGAAAUGUCUAAUUUUAUAGUGUGCAGCCGAGAAGAGUACAUGCUGAAGACAGGAGAAUAUUUGUAACUACCCUUGGAUGAGUAUGAAAGCAAAACUCAGAAUAAAUUACUCUUUAUGUGCAAUUUC